AAAGUGCGAUUAAAGCGAAUAGAGAAGCUGUACAGUCUUGUACAACCUUGUAGAUUUUAAAGUGGUGGUUGUGAAAGUGUUGUGUGUUGACAUUGUGGAUCAGGCGAUUCAAACAGAACCUCACCGCGAUGGCAGAAUCAGAGCAAGAUAAUUUGGAACGAGGGGAUGGUGACAACAUGAAAACGGAAAAUUUUUUCACCCUCAAAAAGUGGAAUGCUGUCGCUAUGUGGAGCUGGGACGUCGAGUGUGACACUUGCGCUAUAUGCCGGGUCCAGGUGAUGGAUGCUUGUCUGAGAUGCCAGGCCGAGAGCAAGAAAGAUUUCUAUGGAAAACAGGACUGCGUCGUUGUCUGGGGGGAGUGCAAUCACUCCUUUCAUUACUGCUGCAUGUCACUCUGGGUCAAGCAGAAUAACCGUUGUCCCCUGUGUCAACAGGAGUGGUCAAUUCAGCGUAUGGGAAAAUAGCCUAACCAACAAGUCUCGCUUAUUUGCCUAAACAAUUAUGCGCGCGCAAUACGUCAAGCUUCUUUCUUUCACGUAUUAGUUUCGGUUUUUAUUUUUCGUAAAACUAUUUUCGUUAUAUUUUUGUCCGUCUUUUUUACAUUCCUAAUUAGUUUUUUUUUUUUUUUUUUUUCAUUUUACGUCACCUUCCUCGACUCGAACUCUGGGAUGGCUCUGUGACGGGUGUAUAAAUUAUCAACUUUAUGCUAUAAUGCAUAAAGAUAGCUUUUUUAUUGUUUGUUAUGCAAGAUGAUUUUCAUCUAGGAUGAAAGUAUACAUAGGAAUAAAAAUCGUUUUAAUUCAUAGUAAAUCAUUGAUUAUAAUAAAAUGAGUUAUACAACCU